ACCUUCAGCCAAGUUCAUUCAACAGUCGACCACCGUUAGAAUGAGACCGUAUCGAGGGCUAGAGCUGUGGCUGGGACUUUCCAUCCUAAGUGUUCUAAACAGCAGCUGCUGCUCGACGACAUUCGAAGAUAAGCUGAAGGAAUUCGAGGAGAGAAUUUCAGCACAGUUUAAUCAGUUGAGUGAGCAGAUUAAGUCGAUAAAAGAACAACAAAUCAUUCUACGCGAAGAACUCUCCAAAAACACCGGCGCCUACUACGCGUCUUGCCGAGCGGUUCCCUCAAACUCCAGCAAUCUGCACAUGAUCCGUCCGCGGGCCGGCAUCACCCUGCCCUUCAUAGCCUACUGCAAUCAGCGCAGCUCGCUUGGAUCCGGCGGCUGGAUCGUGAUUCAUCGUCGCUACAACGGGCAGCUGGACUUUGAGCGCAGCUGGCAGGAGUACAAGGAGGGCUUCGGCGAGCCGGACGAGGAGCACUGGCUGGGGCUGAAGAAGAUUCACGGGAUAACGCGGUCCGGGGAGCACGAACUGCUGGUGGAGUUGCGGGACUUUGACGGAACGAGCAAGUACGCGCUGUACGAUGGAUUUGAGGUGUCGGAUGAGAGGACGAAUUUUACUUUGAGCUUGGGAAGGAUGAGCCGGGGAACGGCUGGGGAUUCGAUGAGGGUGAGCGAUGGGAUGCAGUUUUCUACGCCGGAUCGCGACAACGACCGGGACGGGAACAAAUCUUGUGCGGAGUUUUAUAGGAGCGGAUGGUGGUUCAAUUUCUGCAUGGAAGCAAACCUUAACGGAUUGUACAAGCAGAAGGACGACCAGCACCAGACUAUGAAUUGGUACCGAUUUAGGAAGGACUACCAGGGAUUGAAGGAAGCUACCAUGAUGAUUCGAGAGAAAUUAGAUGUAAAUUAGGACUAAAUAAAAGCAAAAACUGUGUUGUUUGUCCAA